UGGGGAAUGUUCAAGACUGUAAACACAUGACGUCCCAUGAACGCGCUGCUUUGUUUUUGGCAGCUCAGAUCAAAAAUCAACAAUGAUAGUGACGCGUUGCUGUCUACCAACAUUUUGCAAUAUUGAUUAGUUUAAUGGCUUUUUAGUUGCUGUUUUUGUCUCAUUAAUUCGUUUAUUUAGAAAUGACAAGUCACUGCCGAACAUAUAUCGUUUUUUAUUACUUGUUAGCUAGCAAUGGCUAUCGAAACCUCUAAGUUUAGCUAGUUAACGUUAGCUAGCGUUAACAAUCCAACGUAAACAAUGCGACGUUGCUUAAAAAAUUAAACCGCUCUAACGUCAGUUUAAGUGUUUUGAUCGCAAUUGUUGAGACCUCAACAUGUAUUCACAAUAAUGGCCGUUUUAAACUCUAAAGUAUUAUGUAAAUUAUUGAUUUUUAGUGUAACUAUUAUUGCUUUGAGUCAGUCGACAAGGCUGAAUGUUCCCAAGUUACUUUUGCCCAGAUCAAAUCAUAAUCAUGUCAACUUCACGUUGACAGCAGAGAAGGGAUGCUAUAAAUGGGUGUCCUCCCAACCCCAGGCAGUCGUUGUUUGGCCCCUCUCUCCUUCCAUCCCUCCCGCCAUCCUCCCUUCAUCAGCCUGUAGCCAGCAGGUUCUAGUGUCGGCCCGGCCUCUGUCCGCUCCACUGGACACUAACCGAGGGGCCAGCAUCAUACGGGGACAGGACUCUGUGACUGGCCAUACCCUGCGCUGUGAUGUCAUUAUUGACCAGAUCAAGCAGAUUCAGGUUGUCACGACGACGCGUCAACUGUUCACCGAGGACCCACCCCUCGUGCUCUCUGUCAUGGCACUGGACUCAGGAGGCAACACAUUCAGUAGUCUGGCAGGUCUACAGUUUGAGUGGAGGCUAGUAAAGGACUCAGAGACAGCAGAGAUUGUUAGGUUUGUGCGCUUCUCAGAGGCGGGCUACUCCCCGCCCCAUCACAUCCUGUCCCUGGAGGAAGCAGGUCAGAAAGGGGACAGUGUGUUGCUGGAGGGGGUCCGUAGCGGUGUGGUACGGGUCAGGGCCUCCCUCUCGCACCCAGACUACAAGUGGGUAGAGACGGCCUCUGUGAGCCUGACCGUGACAGACAGACUCUACCUUAGCCCCUCCCAUGAUGCCUACCUGCUGCUAGGCUCCACGCUCUCCUUCAGAGUCUGGAAAAGCGUGCAUGACACAGAAACGGAGGUGCUGCUGGGUGAGGGAGAGUAUGAGUUGUCUGUAGAGAGAGACCCAAAUAACGAUGAUGAUGUCAUCACUGUGGACCAGGACACAGGGACCGUCACCGCCCGAGGGCUAGGCCGCACCACGCUGUCCGUCACACACCCCAGCCUACCAGAAAACUCUGCUUCCCACCUGCCUCGCUGUUCUGUGUUUGUGGUGGAGCCAAAUUACCUGACGCUAGGUGUGGAGGAGGAGGACAGGUGGGUGUUGGAGAGUGGUCGUCAGUACCAGGUGACUGUACGAGUUCACGACCAGGAGGGUCACACAGCACACCUGGCACAGAAUGUGGUGAUGACCGUGGACUUCUCUGAUUGGCUGUUCUAUGUCCUGGAGACUUCCUCUAACAGUUCCUACCAUGUACUGGAAACACGAGGGGCUGGGCACACUACUAUACGAGCUGCACUGUUCACUGUGCUCACUGAGGAUGGCCGCGCGUUGCCCCUGAUACCACCAAUCAGAGUAGAGCAAGAAGUCGAGAUCUACGAGCCCCUCACCCUGCAGCCCCGCCUCCUUGUGUUUCCUUGGCAACCUGAGGGACAGCUGUAUCAGCACCACUUGCAGGUAGAGGGUGGCAGUGGUGCUGUGAGCUGGUCAGUGAGUGACAGUGAUGUUGCCGUGGUGACAGUAAAAGGGGAAGUCAUGGCGGGAAAGAGAAGGGGCCAAGUGGAUAUCCAGGCAUCAGACGCACGCAACCCUCUACACACCGCUACUGGACAGGUGUACGUGUUGAGGCCAGCUGGUGUGGAUAUCCUGGCCCAGAGAGGUGACUGUAGGGUGGGAGAGACCAUCACGCUUCCCCUGGCUGUCUGGGGGGUCCAGGAGGAGGAGACCCAGGCCCAGGACCCUCCCCAGGGAAGCUCUGGCCCCCAGACCCUGCUGGAGGUGACAGACUGCUCUCUCAUCAACCUCCACGUCACCACGUCACCACAGGGGGUUUUCACCCCUCUACCAGGUUCUGUGGGUCCAGGCUCAGGGUUCUGUGGAGGACUCCAGCUGGAAGCAGUGGGACCAGGCCACACCCUCAUCACUAUCACCGUGGAAAUGGAACACUACAACAUCACUUCCAUGGCAACGCUGGCCGCCCACAAUCCCCUCAAGGCCCUGGUUUCAGAGGUGGUCUUGUCUUUGGGUGCGUCUUGCCUCGUCGUCUUCGAGGGGGGGCCACAGCCCUGGCCCCUGGUCCCUGCACGUUUCCAUGGCGAUGCCCAGGCUGAGGGAGAGGGGCUGGGCGUGGAGGCUCUCAGCCUAUCAGAGCCCAGGAGAGCCCAGCAGCACACCUACAGGGUCACCUGCCACGCCCUGGGGGAACAGUGGCUGGUGUUCAGCAGUGGGAACUCCCCAGGUCCUCUGAAUCAGGAUCCCUCAGUAGAGCGGAGCAGAGUGAGAGUAGACUGCAGCGCCCCGGGUUCUCUCUCUCUCUCCCUCCUCCCCUCCUUUCCUCCCUCCAUCCCUCCAUCCUCCCUGUCCCACCCGUGCCCUGAGCCCCACUAUCCUGACAGUCUGUUGUCUUGUGUCCAGUAGCAGGGAUGCUGUGCUGCAGUUAGCAGUGUUUGACCACCGGGGGGUGCAGUUUGACAACUUCAGCUCGUGCUCAGUGAACUGGCUGACCUCUAAC